AAGUGGCUGAUAAAACUAGAGGGUGACCUAGGAGGGUGAUGGAGCAACGAACAGGCCUGCAGAGGGGUGUUCUCGCAGCUGGAGUUUGGCAGAUGGUGUCUUAGAUGGUGGUUCUGUUACUUUAACCUUGCAGAGAUUAGGGGGCUAGCCCUGAGCAAGCCCCUCAGCACCCAAGAUCUCCGUGGUCCCACAGUUUCCAGCCUGCUGAUCUUAAUGAGGGCAUCACAGUUCUCACGAAGGAGGCCUCCUCCUGCCUUUUCCUCGUGCCUGGAGGGAUUUCUUGACUUCAAGAGGCCCUGGGCUGAAGAGAGCCUGUAGAGUGUGGUAGCUGCUUCAGUGCUUUUUUUGUGAAGGCUUGAGAGCCUCCAAAGGGGAAGCACAGGUCCUAAAACAGGCCAGCCAGGGGUGGGACCAGUGUAUGCGAGUGUGAAAGGUGUCCAGAAAUCCUCCCUGAGGCUGUAAUGGUAUGUGACUGGCUUCUUGGCUUUUGACAGUUCUUUGUUGGCUCUAAUUUGAUGAGGAUCGAUGUUCUCUAGUCCAAUGGAGCAAGCACCUGUAUCUGUGCUCUGUGGUUUUUGCUUUGCUACUUACAACUUUUUGGCCCGGCUGUUUGAGACUGGUGCUAAAGCAGCAUUUUGCAGAAGAUGGAGAUUUUCCACGUCAUCUGCUAUUUUUCCUGCAGAACCCAGUUUUAGUCCUAUAAUUCGCUUCACGGAGCUACACCUGUGAAUGAUUGUCCUUGUGCAUGACCUUGAUCUGGUCUUGAAGGAUGAUACCCACUAGUUGUAUAUUGAAUUUUUUUCUUUUUGGGUGACCCAACUUUAAUUGGAUGGGUUUCAUUCCUUGGGGCCCUGCUAGGUAAUCUGCACUUCAAAGUGUGUUUGACUCAUACCAGCUGCAAGCAGUUAACUCUUGCUAUUUGGGUUUUAGCUAGGGAUUUUGCAGUAUAUAUAGAUUGGUUCCCUGGUAGAGAAUUUUCAGUCACUCUAGUGGAGUGGUUGAGAACUAUUUUAGACAAUGCACUGUCAGUGAUGCCCUUCACCCUACUGAGCUUGAACAACUACCCCAGUGUCAGGUCAGCCUGCUAUAUCACAUGUGCAAAUGUUCAUGUGGUGAUGUGGGUAGAUUGAUUUGCAGAGUGGGAGUAGAAAGACUGAGCAGCACACUAGAUCUUUUUUUCCAACCAUCCCGGAGAGUGUGGACUUUAGGAAUCCACUGCCUGGAUUUACACUGUGCUUCUGCCUCUGCUGUGAGCCCUUGGGUGCUCUCUCUGGACCCACACGCAAGUGACCCAAGAUGCCUUUCAAUGGAGAAAAGCAGUGUAUGGGCGAGGAUCAGCCGAGCGAUUCCGACUCAUCCCAGUUUUCUGAAAACAUGGCUUCACUAAGUGACUGUGAGUGCUCCAGGCAGAGUUUUACAAGCGACUCCUCCAGCAAAUCCAGCUCUCCUACAUCACCAAGCCCUCCCAGGGUUCUCACAUACGAUGAAGUGAUUGCUGCGGCAGGGAACUUGUUAAACUUGACUCUUGCUCAUGAAAUUGCUGUCAACGAGAAAUUUGAAGUGAAACCAACUCCCAUUCCUGAGAACAGCUUGUUUGGUCAAGUGAAGCACAUUGUCCACCAGGCCUUUUGGGACCUCCUGGAAUCGGAACUGAAUGCUGAGCCUCCCAAAUACGAAUAUGCCAUCAAACUGUUUGAAGAAAUCAGAGAGAUUCUUCUCUCUUUUCUGAUUAAUGGUGGCAACCGCCUUCGUGACCAGAUCUGUGAAGUAUUGGACACAGACCUCAUUAGGCAGCAAGCCGAGCACAGCGCUGUGGACAUCGAAGGGCUGGCCAACUACAUCAUCAGUACGAUGGGGAAGCUCUGUGCUCCCAUGCGAGAUGGCGACAUCCGGGAGCUGAAGGUCACUGGCAACAUCGUGCAGGUGCUGCGACAAAUAUUUCACGUUUUGGACCUCAUGAAACUGGAUAUGGUCAAUUUUACAAUUUGGAGUAUUAGACCCCAUCUUCAACGCCAGUUGGUGGAUUAUGAGAGAACCAAGUUCCAGGAAAUUUUAGAAGAAACUCCAGAUGCUCUUAAACAUACUACAGACUGGAUAAAAGAAUCUCUCGAUGAAGAAUUACUUUCUCUUUCUGAGACUGCAUUAACUCCUGGAGCUGAAAAUACUACCAAACCAAGCGUGAGCCCCACAUCGGUGCUCAACAACAGUUACUUGAAACUAUUACAGUGGGAUUGUCAGAAAAAAGUAUUUCCAGAGACGCUUGGGACAGAUGAAGUACGUCUUCAGGAACUGGUGGAGAAGCUGAAUCAACUGAAAACGAUUGCCUGCCUGUCCCUAAUUACCAACAACAUGAUGGGUGCUAUUAUAGAAGGCCAACCUGAGCUUGCAGACAGGUUAAAGAGGAUUUCAGCUGUUCUCCUUGAAGACAUGAACAAAAAGACCUUUAACUUGAAGGAAGCCUUGAAUUCUAUCGGUGUUCAGAUUUGUGUUGAGGUUAAUAAGACUUUGACGGAGAGAGGUUUACCCACUUUAAAUGCUGAGAUUCAAGCUAAUCUUCUAGGUCAGUUUUCAAGUAUCGAAGAGGAGGGCAAUCCUAUCCGGUCUUUGAUUGAUAAACGCAUCCAGCUAUACAUGAAGAGCGUACUUUGUCUUCCAAGCCCUCAAAAAUGCAUGCCUCCCAUGCCUGGAGGCCUUGCUGUCAUUCAGAAGGAGCUAGAAGUGCUAGGCUGUCAAUAUGCAAACAUUGUGAAUCUCAACAAACAAGUAUAUGGACCAUUUUAUGCAAAUAUACUUCGAAAGCUGCUGUUCAGUGAGGAAGCCUUGGAGAAGGCAGACACUUCAUCUUCUACUAACUAAAGAGGAACUGACAUUGACCAAGAGAUUGGAAAUCUGGCGCUUCAAGACCGUCUGUUCCAUCGAUGGCAUUUUGAUAUGGCAGCCUCAGUCCUGUCGGUGGUGCAGCCCAAGUCUGUGUGAUCCAGUAGCAUUAGCAUUACACAAUCUAUGCACUCCUAUGAAUCCUAUUUCUGCGUUGUUUUCAAGGUCAAAAAAAGACAUUUAAUGAACAGAAAGCAAUUUGUAGUUAAUUAUAUUACCUACUUAAUACUUACAAAUGUUUUCUUAAGGAGUUGUAUUUCCUCACUUGUUCCUUUUGAAUCUAAUGAUCUUUGGUUUUGAUGCAGCUUCGUAAAGGGUUGAAAGCUGUGAGAUGAAGGGGAUGGCUGUUCUGAAUUAAAUGGUGUGAAGUAAGCAUAAUUUUGUUUGAAAUGUACGAUUACAUUUUAUUAAGGUGUGGCUGACACAUUGUAAGUCCUCAUUCAGAAAUGUACUCAAUCACAUUUUAUAAUACCAAUGGUCAGUAUUUGUUUAGAGUUUUUAAAUGUAUUUUUAAGGUACAUUUUAAAACUAUCUACAAAGUUUGGAUAAAACCUCCCUGUUCAUUUAGUGAAAUCAGAAACAAUCCCUUCUAGAAUUUUAUUCCAGAGACUGAUUUCUUCUUGUACCUUAACCUGCUCCCCAAGAGAAACAAUUUUUGCACACAUCUCUGAGUGAAUGUCCUUGCAUUUCUCAGGCCAUUAAUAAGAUUUUUAAGAGAUUUUUGAUAUUUUAUGUAAACAAGGCAGGACUGGUUUGAAUUGGUUUACUUGUAAGAAGGGAAGUUAACAAUAACUUGAGGACUCCAGGAGAUCCCUAUUCGCAGUGAAGUUCACCUCUGAAAAAGAGACAAACUCUUUCAUCUUUGAGCAUAUAAUUUAACUAGCAAAUGCUGAUUAAAUUCUUACCCUGCCGUGACCAAGUUGCUUUUCUGAAUGUCCUUAUUAUUUGUCAUUCUUGAGCAUUAAAUCACGCUUUGCCAAGCUGGUGCUGGUUGUCAUGGAAGUUGAGAGAAAACUGCUUCACCUGGAAUUGUAUGUCUUCUGAAGUGUUCAGGGAAGCACUACAAUUGGGGUGGACUCAGUCUAGAAAAUGCUUUAUGUAAACAAUAAUUUCCGUUGUUUUCUAAGGACUCAUUGAACUUUAGUAGUUUGGUGGGGAGGAGUGGUUGGAAAAGGAGUACUUCUUCCUUCCACCUCUUUUUCUUGCCAAGCCCUCCACCAUUACGGUGCUACUCAAUUAUUUGAUAAAGUGCUAGGAAAUUAUUAUACAAAUAAAAUAUCUGCAACCUUCACAUUUUGGAGGAUUUGCCAAAAUUUAGGAAACUUUGAAAGUCAGUUUUUUUUCCACAGUCACUAAUAAUACCUAAAUCAUUCUGUCUGUCCGUUCUAAGCAGCUGUGUGUAAGCGAAAUUGAACGAAGAAGCACUGGGUCUUCCCAUUUUUUUCCUCUUCCUGUAUUUCUAGCCUUUGCAUGCUUUCCUGUACUUAGAAAUCAUAAGGUACUGAAGAUUUUUUUUUUCAUCUUCUCUUUAGUGAAGUCAUUUCCAGCUACCUUCACUUUGGGGGCCACAGGUGUCAGAGAAGGGCCGAAGUAGAAAAGUAACGUGUAGUAUGGCUUCUUCUUGCUUUCUGAGUGAACUGGAUGUUUAACAGGAAGACAAGGUGGUGGUGGUUUCCCAUUAUUAGCUUGGAAUCGGGUUGGUGUACGUACAUAAUUGAUUAUACGGAGUAGCCAGCAGGAAAACAAUGUAUAAACUUUUUAUUUUUAAUGAAGGGCAUUCUGCUUUUUUUUUUUUUUUUUUUGAAAUGGCAAAGUAAAUCUCAAUGUCUCAAGUCUGGAUUUAGGCAACUACAUUUAUUAAGAUUUUAAAUUCAUAUCCCUUAGCAUGUUUAUUUCAUUUUCUCUAAAUGUUUACUUCUACUUUUGAGGUUUUAACAUGGUCUUGUUUUGUAAUGUCAAUUUUAAUAUCGUAAAUACAUUUGCAUUUUCUGCUGAAACAUGUUUUGUCUAUACUGGUGAAAUUUUAAAACUUUAAAAAUCAUUCCGAGAUAGCCAGUGUCUCUGUUUUCUAAACCACUUUUGGGUAGCUUGGGGCCAAAGUGUUAUACAGUCUUAACUGUACUUGUUCUAGAAUGAUUCUUCUGUGGAUCAUCAGAGCCUGACAGACAUCAGGUCCUGUUCAUUCAGUCAACAAACACUUACCUGAGCAUCUACUAUGUGCCAAGUACCCUAGGUCAUGUGAUGCUCACAUGACUGGAUGCUGUCUUCAAGAAGUUUAUAACCUGGUAAGGAGGACAAACUUAUAAACAAUGACAGUGUAAUGGAAUAAAACAAGUACAUAUUUUCCCCAUUAUCUGAAAGCAGGAUGUUUCUAUUUC